UUUUUUUUCAGUGAAAUGAAAAUGGGCAAUUUAUUCCCCAGCACCUCUUGCACUUUUACACUAGAGUAUUGAUAACAUCAAUAUACUGCAAAUAGAAUGUAUACUUUACAACAUAUGUUUCUCUCAGUGUUUCUUUUGUCUGCAGAAAAUGCAGCUAAACAGUCAUAAACUGAGACAGUCAUAAAACUCAGCAGAUACAGAUGAAUAUAAACUGAUAAGAAGGCCAUAUGAUGGACUUUUGAUCCAUCCUGAGUCAUCAUAAGUCUUAGACUGAGAUAGCAGGUAGACUAGUUACAUAUUAUGUGCAAUAAUAUAGAAGGUCAGACUUUUAAAGAAAGAUUCUCCAAUCUGAAUAAUGACCACCAGAAAUGGGCAUCAACAGAUAGAUUCAAAGACAUUUUCAUUAUAUGAUCCAACUUAUUAUGUUCUGUGAGCGCCCCUGGUUCUGUUAAUUAUUUCUGCUAGGCUUACUCACUGUUAAUAUCUGUACUGUUUUUUCUGCUCGUCUAGAGACAGAUUUCAAGUCCCAAGUAUUUGUGGCCAUGGCGGCUGUGACUGGUUUUCUGGUCCUGGUCUUCAUCAUGACUGUUUCCCGUACCUGGUUCAAAAGGAGCAGAGGAGAGAAGAGGUAAAAUGCUGCAGUCAUGAAAACAUAGUUCUCUUUGGUUACUCUCAUUCGUUUUAAAAUGUAGCAGUCAUUAUUUGUUAUCUCACUGGUUUCACCUCUCUGUUGACUUUCUCUUCUCUCAGCUACAAAGCCAAAUUUGCCGGUGAUGACGAGCAGAAAAACCCAUACGAAACCAGCUUGUAAAAACUACACCAUAUUUAUAUUUUUCACCAAUUUCCCCUGAAGCCAAAGGCCGUUUCUGUAUUUAAUAACAAAUGUGAAUUUAUUUGGGGUAUGGAUUCAAGAAUUAAUAGAUGUACUUAAAUAAAUUAAAAUUUCAUAUGAAUGUAAACUGUGUGUUUCUUUUUGCAGUUGUACAAAACAGUGUCUGGUUAGUUUGAUUUUUUUGGUAAGACAAAAUCACUGCUCAAGUUUUCCUCCUACACUUCACAUGUAGAGCAAGUUUAUCUGUUAACAAAUUCACUUAAAUACUUCAGCAAGAAAAAAAAGUACUCUCAAGAAGUUGUAUUCUUAAAAAGGACUGUGUCUGAGCUGGCACCCUGCUCUCUCGUUGUAGCUUGAAUGUUAAAGUUGCCCAUGGGCUGUCAACUGUGUGAUUGUCUUAGAAGUUGAGCCCAUCUCUCACCUGAUUGUCUCUGCCUUUAGUCUGUGUGGCCGCUAUGAAUCAGAAAGCUUUGAAAUCACCACAAUCGGUCAGAAUUGAGACUGGUUGUGUCUCAAUUCAGUGUGUGCUUACUGCCCAGUACACUGCCCAGGAUGCACCCUGCGUAAGAUCGAUUGACUUUUGUGAAUUGGGGCAGUGUACGCCCAGGAGGACUUCCUGGUUGCGUCACCAAAUGUACCUGCCCUCAGGUUCGUGUCACAUCUGAUGUCUCACCGGUGCAGUGGCUUGCAAAGAAUUCUUGAGUAUUCCAAGGCCAUGUAGUGUGCGUGGUUACACACUUGUAAAAGGGGCGGAUGCAGGGUGGUUUUGUGGCCACAUUUUGAGAGCCCUCAGAAUCGCAAGCUAAACAGGACACCCUUUUGUGAUGACGUCCCAUCACAGCAGGACACACUGCAAAUUCGCACUGCCUGGCGCUUUCAUAUUAGAUGUCGACACAAAAGGGUGGCUUCAGUUAAUUCGUAAACAACAAAGAUGGCAGACUCCGCUGCUAGGAGGACUGUCAAAUCUACUAUUAAAUGAACAGAUGAUGUGUUUCCAUGAAAACAAGACGUUGUAAUAGCAUGUACAUUUUUCUUUUAUGAAAAAAAGGUAUCUUUCUUUUUUUAUGCAUGCUGCUUUGUUGUCUCUAGAUUGUACAGAUGAUCUGGAGCAGAAAUUGGUUCAUUUUGCCCCAAUCAAAAAAGGAAAGCAAAGAGGAGGGAGACUGGAGGGGGCUGCUGUAUUAUAUUCAUGACAUAGGUAAUUAAAUUCAGUUCAAGUACUUAAACAGUUUGUCAUGAUCUGGCUCAGGUGGACACAAUGAAAAAGGGAGACAACACCAUGGCAAAAUAUUUCAAUAAGUCUUUACAAGUCUUUAUGGUAAACUUGUGAAGGUCAGGUCAGAGAGAACGUGGAAGUGAAUGUGUGACUGCAGGAGCUUAAAUAACCUCCUCACUCCAAGCACAGAUGUGUGACAUUAUUCUUAUCAAUGAGCUGCACUUACAGACAGGCUGGAGACACUCAGACUGACAACACCAAACAUCACACAAUGACGUCACAAACUGUAUUUACCCCUGAAGGGUACUGUGCUGCCUACCCAUAAAAACAACAAAACAAACGAGCACAUUUUUUGCGUUUAAUAACACAUUGUCUUGUCAAAAUCAUGACGUUUCACUUCCAUAAACUCUCAGUGCAGCUGCUGAUGGUUUUAUUUUGCCCACAGUUAUGAAAUGAUGGUACUUUGUUCUUGGUUCCCAGCUGUUACUCUGAACAUAACCCCGCUCCUAUCAGGUUAUGAGUUCAAAGUAAGUGACAGUGGUGAUCUAGCCAGGUUAGAAGAGAGCCGGCUUCAUGAAACAGAUAAACCAGGCUUUAGGCUCAACAGACCCAGCUCUGCUAAUCUCUAACCAUGCUUCAUGGUAAACUUUUCUGGCCUGCUGAGCUGCCAGGAGUUGCACAUGGUCACCUGUGUUUGCAGUACUUAGCUUUCAGUAUAUAAAAGUAAACAAGAUCGUCUGCAAGAAGACUGUCAAUUUUUACAUCACCAUUUUGAAUGCUGGAAACUGAUUUGAGAGGGUUGGUGGAGAAACAGCAGUAUAUGGUUUCCAUGUACAAUAUUUACAAUCAAUGAUUAGUAUGGCUUUCAAAAGUUAGCAGGAUGUGUUACAAAGGAAGUAAAGCCAGAAGGACACUUAAUUAUUUGAAAACAAAAUUGCCUUUCUAUGAGCUAGGGCCCCCGUGCCUUUUUCCAACUCUGCACAGCCCUGUUCUUCGUACAACUGAUUGGCAAUGGAUGAUUCUUUUAUCCAUCUUAAAGUAGUUCAUGCAAAUGGAUAAAAUAGCAUGACAUUGAAGCAGGUGAAGUUGAGGAUAUCAAGUAAUGUUAAAAGCAAUUUAAAAAAAAAGAUGCUAAAAGAAAAACUAUGCAUGAAGAAGUACAGUAUAGUUUUGGAAUAAUAUCUCUACUGUGUUAAUGUAAGCUCUCCUUUAUGUUUAAAAGCUCAAAGGGAACCGUCUUCAUUGAGGUUUAUCUGCACAUGUUACAAGUUCAGAGGGUUUGAAUUUUGCUCAGCAGUUGCCACCAGUACACCGGUUCUUGAGCACGUUCACUUACAGGCUCAUGCAAAAUACACAUCAGCACUGUAUAACCCUAAUAAAGAAAUAAAACUUGUCUCGUGUUAUGGCGGGGUAAGAUAAGGGGUAUCCAAUCGCCAAUUCAAACACUAAUGAAGGGUGUAUCCAGUAACCUUAUUCACUACUCCAAAGUGUAAUGUUUGCUAUAGUGUUGCCAUCGGCGUAGAGGAACAUUACGCUCUUCUCACAUUCAUGGUUUUUAGGGCUGGUUAGAGGUCAAAAAAGAGACAAGAUCUGUGGUUUUCUUGCUACACCUUGGAUUGAAUCCCCAGUCAUGCUGCUGCUCUGUCUAUGCGUCCUCGCUCUUGUGGGCAGUUUCCCUUGUGCUGCCGCUCCAUCAAGGGUCUCAACUUUCUCUGAGACCACCAGAAACAAACUGCUGCUCAUCUCCUUUGAUGGUUUCCGAUGGGACUACGACAGAGACAUCGACACCCCUAAUCUGGAUAAGAUGGCCCAGGAUGGAGUGAAGGCAGCACAUGUAACUCCACCUUUUCUCACGAUUACAAGCCCCUCUCACUUCACAAUGCUGACAGGUAAAAAAAAAAAACUCUUUAUUUUGGCAGUUCUCAUACAUAUGGUAGUCAUCUGCAUAGAAGCAAAUACUUACAUUCUGUAUAUGUUAUGAAAAACUUAAAUAGUAGAAAAGUGGUAGACACGAAGGCUUGGGUAAACCCUUGAUUCACACCCACCUCCUGCUGUUAAGGAAGACGGUGAUGGUUUGGGAGUAACCCAGCAGGUGGUACGAUAUUGUUUUGUCCUUAUUAUCAUAUUUUUCUGAUUGUAGGGGCCAUAACAGGAAUCAAAUCUGAAGCUCUACCACAAACAUGAAAAUGUAGUGAGGUUAUACUAGUACCUCACAUAUGCUAACAUACGUAAACAGCCAGCCAAACUCUUUUCCUCCAGAAAGUUAGCAUGCAUGCUUCUUCAUUGACUUUAUUCACAGUAGAUGAGUCAGGAUGAAAACACUGAACGGGAGUGAGGCUAGCAAAGGAACAGAAAAAUACUGUGCUUAUUAAACAGCCCAACAUCAACAUUACAGACUCAUUAAAGAAAUGUAAAACUGUUAGUUUCCAGAUAUCUGUGUAGGUUCUCAUUCGUCCAGGCCAUGGUAAUACAAGUUUUCGUUGAAAAGGCAACUGGAUUUGUUUGAGGUUCUUAAAGACAUUCAAGACAUUCGCCUCUCUUCCAAAAGGCUUCUUCAAUUCUCUCUGUUAGUUUCAAGAGAAAAGUCAUGACAGGGAUGAGGGCCGCAAUCAUGACUUUGGUUUUAAUCAGUUUAAGCUGAAGUGGGCAAAGAAACCAAGCAGGAAAAUGUCUCUCUCCUUGAACAUCAAAGAGCAGUGCCAGGGUUAUUGUUACUGACUGAAUCUUAUCUAACCUGCUGUCCCUCACUUUAAACAGGUCGCCAUGUUGAAAAUCAUGGUGUAAUCCACAACAUUUGGUUCAACACUACAACUCAGGAGAAGAAGCAGUACUACCAGACUCAGUUUGUUGACUCCUACUGGGACAACGGCAGCUUACCCAUCUGGAUAACUGCGCAAAAUCAGGUUCUUUAUUUCCAUCUAUCUGUUUUCCACCAAGAUUUUCAAAAAUUUCAUAUUAUAAUAAACUUGUAAUGGUGUAAGAGGAAAGAUUUUCUUUACUAUUCAUAAAUCUGUCUGUUAUAUUGUUUCAGGGUCUGAAGGCAGGCUCUCUACAUUUUCCAGGCACAGCAGCCGAGUACAGAGCAGACAUUGUGAGGGUUCAGCAGGUGGAGCCUCCUUUCUAUAAUCACGCCAAUGAGACAGAUUGGAGGCUGAACGUUGACAAAGUGAUUGGAGAGUGGUUCCACAAACAAGACCUGGACUUUGUCACUUUAUACUUUGGGGAACCGGAUUUGGCAGGGCAUGAGUUUGGACCCGAUUCCCCAGAAGUUAGAGAAAUGGUCAAGCAAGUUGACCGCACAGUAGGCUACAUACGGGACAAGAUCCAAGAACAUGGUCUGACUGACAAGCUCAACAUCAUCAUCACUGCAGAUCACGGGAUGGCUAAGAUCUUUCCGGGUGGAACAGUCGAGAAGAUCAUCCUCUCUAAGAUCCCUGGGUUUAGCUUUAGAGAUAUCCAGUUUCAACUACUGGAUUAUGGUCCUGUCGGGAUGCUGCUUCCAAAAGAGGGAAAACUGGAGACAGUCUACCAGGCUCUGAAAGGGGGCCAUCCUCACCUUCAUGUGUAUAAGAGAGAGGAGAUGCCACAGAGACUGCACUACAGCAACCACCCUCGCAUCCUGCCUCUCAUCCUCAUUGCUGAUCCUGGAUACGUUGUCAAUGGGGUGAGUAGUCAGCUUUUUUCUUUUACCUAGUCCCCGAUUUUAGCGUGUCAUGAAUGAGGAGAAAAAAACAGUUGUGUGUAGAUGAUAACAACAGUUUUUAUGGUAUCCGGGUAGAUACAAAGCACAAAUGAGAAUGUUGAGCCCUAACAUGAAUAUUUCUUUGCCAGUUUUAGAUAACUAGGAAAUAUUAUUGUGGGUGUUUGGCUGUUUUGGUUUGGCUUACUACUGCUUGUGUGGGGUCACCACUCUCUGUCACUGUAUAUUACUGAAACAUUUGUCAUCUACUGUAGAAACACUGCUGGCUAAACUAGAACCUGUGCGGUGAAGUUUGAUGCUUAAGUUCUUUCACUUUGGUGUUGCUUGUCUCUUAUCUUUUCAAUCCAAAUGAAAGACAUCAAAAUUAUGAUAUCUGAUUUACUGUAUAACCAUGUUUUAGCGGCGCCUUUUAUUUCUUUGUUCUCACAGUUCUUACCAUUGAACUCCAACAAAGGAGAGCACGGCUUUGAUAAUGAAGUCAUGGACAUGAAAUCGAUCUUCAGGGCAGUGGGACCAGACUUCCACAAAAACAAGAUGGUGGGACCUUUUGACAUGGUGGAUGUGUACCCACUGAUGUGCCAUCUACUGAGGAUAAACCCAGAAAUCCAUGACGGGCAUUUGAAGAAUACCGAACACAUGCUGCUUCCCAGAAAAAACACAGGGCCAGACAGUAAGUGUAGCCAAUGAUUAUAUACAAAUCCAUAAAUUAAUUUACACUGAAAGUGAUGGACAGAAACAGCUGGCAGGUGUUGUUACACAGUAUCUGGUUGAGGAGAUGGUACUAUUUUUCAGGGUGGAGGAACUGGCAUUCAAGUCAGAGCUUCAAAAAACAGACAAGGGUUAUGAGGUUGCUGGGAAAUCUUCUUCAAAAUAAUGGAAGUUAAUGUUAAAACCUGUUGAAAGUCCAACAGUCUAUCCUGCUCCAGCUGUAAUGGUGGAGGUCACCAUAUUCCUAGACCAGUACAAGAUUUAAUCCAGACAAGCUUUACACCUACCAAAGCCAGAUGCUCUUGCUCAAGCUGUCUUUGAGCCAUCUUAGCACUUAAGAGCAGGGUUUGAAUGCUUCUUCUUUCUCAGGUGAGCAACUUGAAGCAAAAACUGGUUCUUUCCACCCUAAAACUGACCUUUAGAGGCAUUUUAUCGACUCUGGUCCUUUACAAUCAACACAAACUCUGUAUAUACCAUAUUCUGCGACAAUGCUGUAUCCCACAUUAAAGGCAAGCAACUUGACAAUGAAGAAGCACUGAAGAAAACUAAAAUCUGGGAAAACUGUUAAAUGGACCUUUGUAAUGAUUGAGCAUACUGGGAUACUGAGCCACCCUUAAAUCACUGCAGGGGGAGUUUCCUUCCUGCAACAACUGUGUAUGUGUGUGUGUGUGUGUGUGUGUGUGCUGGUAUAGGGUUGACAAGGAAAUGUUUUAAAAGUCAAUAAUAAUGUAAGGGUAUUCAGGAGGAAGUCACUCAAACGAACAUGGAAUUUUAAAUAAUCAUUCAAGGAAAGUAUUUGGCCUUUUUCUAAUAACCAGUCCAGCAAAAUAACAGUUGGAGCACGAAUCAUGAAAACAGCUGUAACAUUUCAAGCUGCAGCCCUGUUCAGUGAUUGUAAAGACAACGGCACUCUGAACCAGUCUGCCUUUAGGUGAACUCUGAGACUCACAUGGGAAUCAUUUAUGACCCUUCUGACUUAACACAGACUGUUUUACAUUAUCCAACAGCUGUAAAGUCAUAUCUUAUCAGCGUGGAAAGUGAUUGCUUUUUUAAAAUUUCUGCACUUUGAAAUUUCAAGCUAUAGUUUGGUUUCAGGGUUUCAUUUUUUCCCUCAUGUGUUUGUUUGCAUGUCUUCUUUUUUUCUGCAGCUCCAAAGAAUUAUUCAAAGGAAGUGAUGAUCGGCUUGUCAGCAGUGGUUGGAUUUCUUGCACUAGUGUUCAUUGUUACCAUGACCCACACCAUGUGCAAAAGGAGAAGAAGAAACCAGAAGACCAGUGUGGUGAAUAUGGAAAAAUUGUGAAUAAAGAAAGAAUACAGGGAAAACUUGAUUAAAGAUUUCUUUCAAUUUGAUUUCCCAUAUUUAUUGUAAAGAUGUAUAAUAUAUAAUGUAUAAUAAUUUCAGAUGUGAAAGGGGGGUCAGGAUAAAAUCUCUGACAGUUAUUUGAUAACUGGUUCCAGCGAGGAAAGAGGUUGACUUAAAAACUACCUGGCUGAAAAUGUUUGAAUUGGAGAGCACUUAUUAUUUCAUGAAUUAGAAAUCAGUUAAUUUCAUCUCAUUCAGAAACAAUUCUGUCAAAUCUAUUUGUAAACUUUGAUGUGAAAAAAUAAAAAAUAACUAAUUGGUUACAAUCAGUCUGCCUCUGAAAUAAAAGGCCUUGCUCUGUGACUUGCAGACUCUCCUGGUUUAACUAUAAAGUUUCAUCUUGUGAACAAACUUCAGGCACAAUCUCAUGUUGAUGUUUUGACAGGAUUUGUACAUGUCUGAAAUCUAAACUCGCUGAAAGGCAACAGUGAAUGAUCAAUCUUUGUUUUUGAUUAUUUUUCUGAUUCAUGUUUAACUAUAAAUAAGAGUUCAAAGACAAAAAUGAUCAAACUGAUAUUGUCAACCUUACUUUUGGUAGAAAUCUGUCUUAAAACUAAAACUAGGACCAAAAUAUCCUCACUUAGGCUCACAUGGAUUAUUUUUUUGGUUCCCUAAGGCUCCUUAGACUAACCUCCAGAUGGUUUGAAUGACUACUUGAGACAUUAUUUAUUUUUGGCCCUGAUAUUAAGUUGUUAAUAAUGUUUUUAAUCAACACUCAUUUGUUAUCAACAUAAUAAAUUGAUGUUUGAAAGUAUAUUGAUGUUUGAAUGUCGGUUUUCUUAAAACUGUUCAUUCAUUUCAGCAGCUGUAGUCCUUUCAUUUCUUCGGCCUCUUCCCUGCAGUACUCUGUGACUCUUAGACAAACAACGCCCUCUGCUGGUUUGACCUGUUUAACGCCGUCUAACAACAACAACAGCAGCAGUACAGGCGAACGGGAAGUAGAUACAUUUUAACUGGAAAAAAGCGCGGCCAAAUUAAGCUGCUUGGAUCAAAUACUGCAGUAGCUUUGCUUUUGUAAAACGGUUUUUGGAGCAGUGUUUGUGUUUUUGCAGCCGUCGUCGGGGAACUCCGCUGGGUUAGGACAGAGAGGAUGUCACGAAGAUGAACUGUUAUGCAUAAAACGCCCUCAGGAAGGACACUGAGCAAUGCAUCGGCAUUGAAAUAACUCUCUAUAACUCAUUGCUGCUUUUCUGUUUAAUCCAACUUAAGCGUUUCGUGUCGGUAAGUGCAGCUCUGAGUCUGGCGCAGUUUGUUAAGAUACCGCGACUGCAAACAAAAUGGAGGUUAACAACAAUCGUCUGUUAAGUUGUUUUGAGGCGAAUAUGGAUCCGUCUUCCUUAUACCUUUUACUUUAGGUGUAAAUUCAUCGAUUAAUGGGGAAUACAUCUGCUCAGAGAAGAGGACAGAAGAAUUUGGAGGGAAAAGGAGCGCUGCUGUAAGCCGGUGAGACAAAGUAAACACAACCAACUCGGACACCUCCGACAUAAGCGUCAGGAUUGUCCCUACCUGCUGUGCGUAAACACGCAAAGAUGCUUCACCUACAGCCACAAACUAAGAACUAGGAGGAGGAACCAGGUACCUCAACAUGACGGACUCGGGGGAUGCAGCAAGUGCCCCCGGUUCCUCUGGCCUCAGCAGCGGGGCAGGGCCGAGCUUCACGGCGGGGAGAGGGCUGCCAGGACGGGUGAGGGGCCUGUCCUCCACUGCUCCUCCUGGAAGGCUUCCCUCCCUCAGAACCAGAGACCUGACACUGGGGGGAGCCAUCAAAAAACCAAAGGUAACAAGUGGCAAAGGGUUAGACAUAUAGACGCAGCCGCAGAAUAUCAUGGCUGAAAAGACUGACUAUUCAGAGUUGAGGGGGAAAGGGAGUUAGGAAAAGGUAAACAGUAGUGACAGCAGACCUGAGAGGACUAUCAAUUUAAGAAUUAAGUUGACAGUCUUGUUAUAUAUUCAUGGAGAUGCUGAUUCUCUUUUCCAGCACCUACCCACAGCACCAAAACUACUACCAUAUGGUUUGUUGACCAUGAUAUUGGUCAACCAACUCACUCUGAACCUAAUAGAGAAUAUGCUGGAUAUUUAACCACUGAAAGAUGAGCACACCUGCUUUACGCUACACUCCAUAAAUGCUGUAAUUCAUGGCUAUUUGCCGAAAUUAUCAGAAUUUUAACAAAAGUACUGACAUAUUUACAUUUACAUCCAAUGAAUAGAAGUUAUAUUCAUCAAUUACACUGAAAAAAUACACUUUUACAUGAUAUUCAUAUUUUUUAGCAGCCCCAUACAUAUUCUAUUUCAGCAGUGGGCAUCAUGUAGCAACAAUCAAAGGAUCCUAUUGUUUAAAAAUGUCUCAAAACAUCCAUGCAGGCGCGUACAACCUCAUCGUAAAGAUUAGUUAUAAUAGUCAUGGAGGCCUAAACUGUUUCUUUCUGUCUUUCUGGAUUUGCUAGGCUUCGCACAGGGAGCGAAAAACUAAUUUCCUCCCUGUAGAGGGUAGUCUGGGAUCAUGGCCAACUUCAGAGUCAGUCACUUAAAUUUCGUUUGAAGGCUGCUUUAGCACAGGUGCUAAUAGGAGGGUUAAGUGUGUGCUGCUUGUUGAAAAGGAAAAUGGUGCCAACACCAAAAUGCAAAUUAAAGGCCUGUCAUCCUUUAUUAUUUGAUCGUUGAGCAUGGAAUAAGUGAAGCUUCUUGAAUAUGCUUGCAUGUGUAUCUUUAUGCUCACAAAUAUUGCCCUUUUAUUUAACUAAUGAUUCAUGCUUCUCUCUUUCUCGAAGAAAACCUUUGAGCCAAACAUCCACACUGUGAGGAAGAGCAAAGACGAGUGAGUGACAAUAAACCAGAGUGAUGCAGACUCCUGUUUGGUAAUCAAAGGUUGAAUUGUUGCAUGUUGUGUGUCUGUCAGUGAUUAGUUUAUGAAUGUUAUUUCUGAUUUAUCUUCAGGUUAAAAGAGGAGGUGCGGACGCCUCAGAAGAAAGAGAGAAGAGAUAGGGAUGAGAGAAGGAGAGAAAAUAGAGGGAGGAGGAGAGAGAGGCCUCAGACCAUACAGUCUCACUCCAUCUUUGAACAGGGUCCUGCAGAUACCAUACGCAAGACAGGUGGGCUAUCUCUUUCUGUCUCGGUCACUCAAAUAAAAUCUAGACUUGGUCACAGAUUCACAAUCAACUGUUCUCUCUGCUCAGGCUGGCGCGGUGCUGCAGACUCCUACGACUCCACCAGCUCUUCAGUGUGUAAACUGGUGAAGAAGGAGAAGACAGAGUCUGAGGAGGAUGAAGAUGAGAUUCUCUCCAAACUUCAAAGAGAUGACGUGAGUAUUUCAGUGCUUCCCAUCAUAGCAUGGAUUCACACAUUUUCAACCCUAUCUGAAAAGAACAACAGUAAUUACACAGUGUGACCAGCAGCAUGAUGAUGGCGAUUGUGUGUAGGUGUGGAGGACUCCCGCUGUGUGUUUAUAAGUCAGGCCUCUCACUUCCACAACACUGUAAUGUGAUGUGAAAUCACACUCUGGGUUAUGGCAUCCUGGGGUGCAGUGUGUAAGUAGUAGUGGAACUUUGUCACAGCGUUGUUGCAGAAUCACUGUUUGUAAGAGGUUUUAAUCAGCAAACCUCAUUAAUACAUACUGAAGUGGACUUUUUCUUAUCUUGGAUCAUUUUUGUGCUGUGAAUUUAAGGGGUUAUCUCAUCAUUAGUGUGUCUGGGGUGAGCAGGAGGGGCUCCAGCAACAAGUGUGUGCACUCUCUGAGUGACACUCUCAUCACCUCUCUGUAAAAAAAUACAUAUUAAGCUUCUUCACGAAAAGUUUUUUUGGAGUUAUUAGUCCUGUCACAGUCCCAAGAACUUUGUGUCAGCAGAGUACCGAUGUCCUCUGUGUUAUACAGUGUAGCGUGAUGUUCCUAUUGGUGUGCAUUUGUUGCGUGUAUGUGCCUACACCUGCAAAGCACCGACAUGCAAAGAGCAGAAGAGGAGUUGCAGCUACACUGAAAUGCAGAAAACUUUUAAAAGUUUUUUUUUUCUUUUAACAAACUGGCUAUUUGGUACAAUUUCCUGGCUCUGCUGUGAAUAAGAAAAACAAAAUUCUGGCUGCAUUGGAACUUUGCAGGGUUGGCUUUAGUUUCGGAUCCUGCAUGAGCUUUAAACCUUGUUUGUUUUUAUAUCAUUUUAAAGUUAGUUUUCAUUUUGAAUCCUGUAAAAAAAAUGUACAGAACCAAGACUCAAAGACCAAGAAAUGUACUGUUACAUCCCCUGUAUAACCAACCACACCUCUGGAUUCCUCUGGCAUAAUACAGUGUUAUUUCCACAGUUUAUAGAUGAUCCAGGUCUAAGGAACGAUGCAAAGCUGAAACCCAUCCAACUGCCUCUGAGUCAGUCCAUCACAUCCAGCAAAUCAUGUGAGAAAACCUCUGAUUUAUUCUGCUGCAUGACACACUAAAAAUGUUGCAGCUUCAGUACAUUUGUUUCCAUUCACAUGUGUGCUGAGGUUUCUUUGGUUACAUUGGCAGGUUCAGAGAACCCUCCUCUCUUCAGACCCCCGUCCUUUGGAGCUCAGAGUCGAGUGAGCCACAUGACAGCAGAGCCUCCCAAACAAGAUCAGCCAUCAUUGGCAGAGUUGCUGCAGGAUCUGAGCCUGUCUGGCAGAGAAGAGCUCUUCUUCAUGCAGCUACCAGACUGUAUGCCUGGCAAAGUGUCCGGGCAGAGGGUCGACCCUGCACUUGGAGCUGCAACAGAAAAAUCUGCCAAGAGGGAAGGCAAGGCAGAGGACAAGAAGCCUGCAUAUCUACAAGCACAAGUGGGUGAAGAGGAGAGACACAGACACUCCUUUCAGACUUGCUUAAAGUUCCUGAAAGUUUUUACUGUGAAUAUUUGGUUGGCUAGAUGUUUGUGAAGUGGAGCUAAAAUGUACAAUCCUAAAAAUCUGACAAAUAAAUAUGACACAGGUUCAAAAACUUCCCACAUAUUCUUGGAAAAAACUGUUUCAUUGUCCCUCAUCUGUUGCUGCUGUUUGAAAAUAACCGACCGUUUCCAGGGAAUAUUGACCAAUUAGAAUCAAGUAUACCACGCAGCCUGCAAUAAUGAGAGCCCUGUGUCUUUGCAUCUCUUUAGGACACUGGGGGUAAAGAGAGCUGUCCUGUGCUGUCCCAGUUCCCUGAGGGGCUUCUGGGUAAACUGCAGAUCAGGAGGUCAGGGAAGGUGGAGCUGAAGAUGGGAGAUGUGGUCAUGGAUGUCUCAGAGGGAGCCGCCUUCUCCUUCCUGCAGGUACUGUUGGCGUUUUGUGAGUUAUGCCCCUCCGUAUUAUCCCUCUCCGUAUUCAUGCAGUCAGUUCAGACAUCUUUUCUUCUUUCCCUUGCAGCAACUGGUGUCAGUGCGUCUGUCUGAUGGCCGGACUGGAGACAUGAUGGUGUUGGGAAACGUUAACCACAAACUGGUUCUAUCUCCGGACUUCCAGGCUUUACUGAGACACUCUUCAGCGCCAAAGCAACAGAGGCCCUGAUCCGUGGAUGUGGCAUCACUUGACACAAAAAAAACCUCUCAUCUGCAGCUUGGACAGCGGACUGAAGGUCACAGACCCUGAGAUGUAAACAUUUGUCUGAAUUCCAGAGGAUGGCUGUUGUGAUGGAGGCCUUGUUUAGACGAUAACAGACACAUUUCAAAUGGAAAAGUCGCUCUUGUGCAUUUUGAAACGAUUUGCACUCUUGCAACAAUGUUGGGAAAGCAGUGCACUUGCACAGGGAUCUGCAAAAACGACUGAAACACUGGGGUAUGCAUGCCAUGACAGGAGUUUGAAGUACAUUAUUGUAAUGAAACACCACUGAGGAACAUUCAAGAAUGCACAUAAAGCCGUUCUUGAGCAGAGAAUUUGCGAUUGGGGCUCUGAAAUCACUGAUCUCAAAAUAAUUCCACCCUGAAAUUUCACCCGCCCGAUACGUCACUUUAGUGUAAAGGCGCAGCCAAAACACAAUGUCUUAAUGUGACUUCUCUUGAACGUGUUUCUGUAUGAACACCCUCUCAGACAUGGAUCUAUUAGUGCACAAACAUAUCAGUGUGACAGCUCGUCUAAUAUCUAAAGUCCAGACCUCUGCUGUGAGGUUAUUUUGGCAGCUAUGCAGGUUACAUUUAGUUUUCAAACAGUUGAAUCCUCAAAAUUUUUGUUUUGCUAUCUUUUUGAAAUCGGCCUCCAGUCUGUUAAACUUUUCUAUAUGGUGUGAAGACUCUAGAACAUAAGAAGUGGGCAGCCUCUUUGUUUUAAAAUUGAACCCAAUCAAAAAAAGUGCCUCAAGCUGCAAUCAUUGUAAAGACCAGCAGGGGAGGGGGUAGCUCUCUAAGGUUUUAUAGCUCAAAGCUCCUGUGAAGAGCUGUAUGGUGGUUAUGGAUCAGACUGGAACUAAUACUGAUGUCUACCUGAGCUAGAAGAGCAAACAAACCCAUCAGCAACAACACAAAUACUUCCAUAUUGUUAUUUUUAAAGCCUGAAAGUGCUGCAGCUCAAAGAUAGGUGUCCAGUAAGGAUGCAAAUUUGAAUUAUUCUCCAUGAUCAAUCUUUAGAAAUGUUACCAUUCACGUAUCCAUCACUUGAUAAGACAGUUUUAACUGUUAUAUACAUUUUUCCUUUUAUCAUAUAUUUUCUCAUUACACCUAUUAACUCUCCAGGCUUUGUGAAGCAGCUUUUGUCCGGGCGUGUUGAGCUUACUUCGUUGUACGCCCCUCUAGUUCAAGGGUGUGCCAUGCAUACCUAAGCAGUCAUCCAAAUAUGGUUACUUCUAAACAAGGUCCACAAACCUCAGUGGCUGCAUCCACUUCUUAUUCACUAUCUGUCCAUGAAAUCAAGUUAACAGAGCCAGGUUUAAGUCCCUUCUCCUCUGAUAUUCAACUGCUCUGGUGUGACUAAUGUUUGACACUUUGUUCCAACAUAGCACUGUAUUUUUAUUGAUAGGUGCUUUUGUUACUGAACUCUUAUACCAAUGUGAGCGUUACAGUGAGCUUCUUGAGUCAUUCACUGUUGUGUAUUAGACUAAAUGUUAUUGUCACUGCACUGAUGUACAGCUUGUAUUGGUCACUUUUGUAUUUGGCAAACUUGAAUACAAUCGUAUUUUCUAAUGUUUCUAUUCAUACUUUUUUCGAUCAUGGUAUCACUGAACUUUUCCUUCACUGUCAUUAAAUCCUCGUGUUUCAAGUGUAGGAGCAGCAGAAAUUUAACAGCAGCUGUGGAUGGUUUCUUUAAUAAGAGAAUUUUAGUAAUAUAAUUUAUAAUAUCUCAAGAGCACUUAUUGAUUUGUAGCCUCUGUAGUUGUCCACCAGGUGGUGCCAUUUUGUUGCGCCUCAGUGCAAAUGCAUACUUUUUUCCCCAGCAAGUGUGGGCAUUUUUGAGGCUACUGAAGGCCAAUACAAACUAAACUAAAAUAGCCUCUUUCAAAAUCUUCUUUCUUCUAAUAACACGUACCACAUUCAUUGAGUGCACUUUCAGUACCUUGGAUAGAUAGAUAGAUAGAUAGAUAGAUAGAUAGAUAGAUAGAUAGAUAGAUAGAUAGAUAGAUAGAUAGAUAGAUAGAUGGAUAGAUAAUUUUUUACAACACUGCCAUCAGAUCAUUUGGAAUUGAUAUCUUAAGUUACAUUUUAUUAAACUCACUUAAAUGUUUAUAUCAGCUUUAGUCCUAUUCAAAUAUGCAUUCCUUUAAAGUACAUGCACUCUAUGUGUAAAAGUGUUGUGACUGCUAUUGGUAAUGCAAAAAGACCAAUAAGUUACAUUUCUCAUGUAUGGUGGUUUUAGUAGAGUUAACACUGGCAUUGGUGUUGAGGAAGAAUGGCAUAUAUUCUUAAAUGAACCUUAAAAAUGGUACCACCUGGUGGACAUCGGUUAAAAUUACACAUUAAACAGAAUACUUGUACAAGAAAAAGCUUACUUCUACCAAAUGGUGUAUUCACUAUAACCCCAAA